AAAAAGAAUGUUUGGAGGAGAAAAGCUCAGAUUUAUAUAUGUGGGUUAUGAUAAAUGUAAAUUUCAAGUGUGUUUUAUUUGUCCUUUUUUUUCUAGUGGAUCUAGGAAAAGCGCGAGUUUUGAUUAUCAUAAAUCCCCACCGUUUCUGCAUGUUGAAAUUCUCUGAUGAUCUUAAAAGCUACAUGAUGUAAGUGAACCUCGGAUUAUGAAGCUAUUUGUUUUCGUUCUUCUGUCUUCUUUCGUUUCAAACCAGAUGUAGUUUUCAGGUUUUCUAUUUCAUGUAGAUAGUAGUUCUGUACCGUUUUAAUGAGAAUAUGAUUUUUUUCUAUUGAGUAAGUUUGUAAUGAAGCACUGAAUCCAGCUGUUUAAUUUGUUCUUAAAACGUCUUCCAUCUGUAAUUUCCCUUUUGGUGUUAGGUUUGUAAGGAUUAAUGCUAGUUGGUGCACUGAGGUCCAUCUUGGAAUGUGAUCUAGCAGUGUGUGGAUGUGACUCACUUAACUUGAUUUAUAAGCUAGUUGUUAUCCAAAAUAAAAAGAUUGAACCCUAGACCUUAUGCUUUUUGUUAUAUCCCUUUUUCUUGCAGGUUUCUUCAUUUUUGCUUCCAACUUUGCUAGGAAAUAGUUUUAGUUGCUUGUUUUGCUUUCUUCCAAGUCGAAAAUUUUAGUUUCUGUUGAAAUGCAUUAUCUUAUAUGGUACCAAAGGAGUUUAAAAAUGUUAGUAUAUACUGAAAAUCAUUUUGUCUCUGCUGCCAAAGGUGGACAAAACAGUUAUUUCUUCACACUGAAAUGAUUGGUAUACUGAAAGUUUCGGAAUUUGCAAUAUUUCAUCUUAUGUUUAAUCUUGUUGGUUUGAUCUUUUGUUUUGCUAGUGAAGCUUAAUGUUUGUCUUUCCACGAUCGAUAUACUUUUAUCAGAAUCAAGUUCUUUGUAAUUGGGGUCCUAGUUUUGCAGUGAGUUUGUUUAGUUUGCGUUGAUUACUAAAUGCAUAAUAAGGAGAUGCUUUUUCCUCUCCAGUAUAUUGGCUUUAUAUAUAGGUCAUCUUGCUAAUAUUGUGUUUGAUGAGAUCAAAUUGUGAAAUUUGCUGCGCCUGUACUGGCCUCGAAUGUGCUUCCCUUUGAAAUUCAUAAUUGUCAACUGUGGAGACAGAAAUGUUAGAAAUAAUAUACUUUUGUCUUCUGAAAUGAUUGAUCUUAGGUUGCCUGAUUGACUAUAUCUCAUCAGAUGUUAGUGGUACUUUGCUGAUUUGAUCUUUACCUUUAUUGUGCAAGCUAAUUUAUGUUGUUAUCGAAAAGGUUUUUGUCAACUGGAUGCCUGUGGUUUUGCAAUGAUUUUGUCUAGUUACAAUUACAAAAUGCACCAUAGUAACGGAGUUUAAGAGGUAAAACUUGUGUUGUGUCUGAUGAAAUCAAAUUGUAAAUCUAGUUAGUUACCUGUUCUAGUGGAGAUGCAUAUAUUUUCCGUGUACAUCAUCACUAUCUUAAGUGUUAUAGCCAGCUUCUUUUCCUUUUUCUUUUUUUUUUGUUCAAAAGCCAGCUUCUUUUCCUUAGCCGGGAAAGUCAUGGAUAUAUUAUAUGAUCUAUAUAUAAGGCCAACUUGAGAAAUUUCAUGUUACUUAUUUUGGUUUAAGUUAUUGUGAUCACUGUUGUUUCUGCUGAUCUUCAUUGGCUAGUUCAGAUACCUGUUCUAAGUAAUUUAAUCGGUAAGUUCAGUUGAGCAUUGAAUGUCAGAUUCUUCAACGGAUAUAGAAAGAUGGACUUUGUUACUAAACUGUAUCUUGUCACAGUAUCAUGUUUUCGUAACCAGGGAUUCAAUGUAGAGGCAGAUUCAACCAUAUAACUCUGAUAUAAUGUGUGAUGCAGCAUCUGAUGUGUUAGGUUAUAUUUGCUUUCUUCCUUUUGUUGCAUCUCCAGUUAGGCAAAAUAAUUAAGAUAUGCUGAUUGUUUGAUAGGUACUGUGCUAACCAGGGCAUUUAUUUAUAAGCUUUUAGGUAACUAUACCAAUUGUGAGAAAAAGUGUUGUGGAUUGACUUGUUUAAUUCUUUCUGUGCAAGUGAGUGUAGUAUAUAUAGCUGAACAGGAUCCUGUAAAUUUUGUGGAUUUAGGCAUUGUCAUCACUAAAAGACCUAUGCAAUAGAAUUAUAGAACAGCCCUACAAAUAAAAAAAAAUCUGAUUUUGUGCUUUGCAGGAGAAUGAGAUCAACAUCACCAAGUGGGAAGAAAAUUCAAGUAUAUGUUUUCAAGGUAGGAAUUGUAGCAAUUAGUAAAAUCACUGAUGAAAGCACUAGCCAAUUUGACAAGAGUAGCUUAUUAAUCACGGAGAAACAUUUAUGUGGGUUGAUUCCAUUUUGCAUUAUGUAUUGUCAUUGUUCAGUCACUCAAUUAUUGCAUCCAAAAUUCGCAAUUUAAGAGCUUAAGAUGGUUGAUAAUACAUAGAGACUUGCGGUUUUCUCAAUCAAGGUGGAUUUAGUGGGUUUGUUGACUUGAAACUGAAGAUUGGCAAUAACAGUUAGCUUGUUGGUUAUUCUAUUCUAUGAGCAUAGUCUGCCAAGAACUAAAGAGAUUUUUGAUUGUAUCAUCAUAAAAAGAAGGAAGGAGGCAACUCUGAAGGUUGAACUAUCGAUAAACGUUACAUAUAUGUAGUAACCUAUCUUGCUAAAAUCUCCUUGUGAGCUUGAUUGCAUCAUAUUGGCUUUGUGCUCUAAUAAUGAGUGGUAAUGCAAGCGAACGGACAAAAGAUGCUAUAAGAAGCUGAAACUGAGAUGGGUUAACGGUUUAUCACGAGUUUGAAUUUAACCAAAUACAACAUUAUGAGUUACAAAAACUGCCAUUGAGACUGGAAGUUAUGUUCCCUUAUUAUAUAAAGCUAUGAUCAACAUGUUAUAUAACAAUAUCAAAUACACUAAAUUUCAGUCAAGCUAAUUUACAAAAAUAUAUUUUUCAGAAAAGUUGAUCCAUUUACAAUGUUGUUUUAAAAUUACAAAAUCAAAACGUUGUCAAAUAUCUCGGUCUAAAUAGAACUAAACCCUAUAAUUCGGUUAAGACAAGAGUGUCGGUUACAGAAAAACCAGAAUAAACCUAACCGACUAACUAAACCCAAACCUCCUCUUUGAUUUUGAGAGAAUAAAAGUAAAGCUUAAACCCUUCUUCCUCCGCCGUUCUCUCUUACUCUCUCCCAAGCUCAAGCCCAGACAGCUUUUCUUGCGAUUCUCCUCUUCAGACCAAUCUGGCUUUCACAUCCAAACGGAAGAAAGAAUCUUGAAAGCUUAAAACUUUGCACACACACACACACACUCUGAAUCAUGGCGACCCCAGCUGAUGCUCGGGCAGUCAAGUCGCUCAACACUUCCGGGGGACGUAAGAAAUUCGUGUUCAAGAAUCUCGCUCAGAAAGUCAAUGAGAUUGACAUCAGCGGUUUCUUUAAGAGCCUGGAGAAGGUUAAACCUGAGCCUUCAGAGGGUUCUUCGUUUUUCAGAGACUGUCUCGUUGAAUUGAGGGAACUGAAUACAGCAGAAGAUUUCAUUUCGUUUUAUGAAGAAAUGUUGCCAUUUGUUCAGACUUUGCCUUUGGUCAUUGAGCAAAAAGAAAUAAUCUUCACCAAGCUUGUCUCUCGAUUACAAAUGGACGCAAGAUUGUCCCUGGACGCCAUUCUCAGGUUGAUUGCUGCUUUAUCAAGAGAUCUCUUGGAGGACUUUAUCCCCUUCCUUCCACGGAUCGUGAACUCCUUAGUGGCACUCCUAGAAAAUGGUGCCAAGAAAGACGCGGAUAUUAUCAAGCAGAUAUUCUCUUCAUGGUGCGAGAUAUUAAUGAAUCUGCAGAAGUAUCUCGUACGCGACAUCGAAGGUAUUCUCAGGGAUACGUUGGACUUGAGGUAUCAUCCUAAAGACUAUAUCAAUGAAUUAAUGUCAGAGUCUAUGUCCUUUUUGUUGAGGAAUGCGCGGAAUGAGCAACUUGAAAAAGGGAUCAACAGGAUCCUUUCCGAAGUUGCAGAUCCAGCCAAACAAGAUGGAGCAGUUGAUUUACUUUAUUAUGCUAUGAGAGGAACCUCUGGAAGUCUCCACUCAAAAGCCGGGAGAGUUUUGAGUUUCUUGCUGAAAGAUUCAACAUUAUCUUUUUGUGAUAAUUCUCCUCAAGUCGUGGAAGUUGUUAGUUCCACUUUGGAGAGAUUAUGCGAGGAUUUGGAAGCAGACAAAUUAAAUGUUAUGUGGAAAUGCUUGAUUCAAGAAAUAAACGAAUCGAUCAAAAACAAAAACACAAUUCAUUUAAGCCGACUGUUGAGUGUGCUUACUGCAUCUGUUAGAGUUCAGAAAGGUCUCAAGGUUCAUGAUUACCCAUCUUUGAUUCGACUUGUGGGCCUCACUGUCUCAACUUUUGUGGCUUCCUCUGAGACCGUUGUAGAAGGGGAUAACUUAUCUGCUGUCAUUGAUGAAGUUCUACAACUGAUGUUAUGCACAAUAAACAGAGUCACUGAUUUGGAAACUGUUGCUUCGCAAUGGGCUCCCAUUUUUGCCAUGAAGAGUUCAAGUUUGCUGACUUUUUUGGAGGAGUUGUUGAACAAGGAUCAAUCCGUAGUGAAAGCCUUUACAAACAAUAUAUUAAGUGCAAUUAACAAUAUGAUUUGGGAGUCUCCUGAGGAAGUUAUUCCUCUGUUACUGACAUUUUGCGAGAACCAACAAACAAGUCACGACAGAGUGAUCAUCGUAGAUCAAACAUUUGAGAGAAUUCAUAAGUUUUUGGAAGAAAAGAUUAAGAAGGUUCGGCAGAAUGUAGAGAACACUGGAUUAUCUCAAGCUGAUGAUGCCGAGUUGGCUGCCAUCUGGGGAGUUGUCAACUGUUAUCCUUAUUUCAAAGUGGAUCCAUCAUUACUGAUUUCCUUUAAGGAUACUCUCAGACAGUAUUUGACAGUGUCGGAUGCAAACACGUUUAGUACCCCAGAAUUGAAGUGGCAGAGCUUACUUGGUGCUGCUUUAAGUUCAUGUCACAAACUGCCGAGAAGAAUCAACCACAACGAUAUAGAGGAAGCGUUGUCUAUGGCAAAAGAUUACAAGUCAUGCGUACAAGUGUUGACCCCCGUGGCCGAUUUUUUGGACUCAAUGCACAGGCUUGCAUUAGCUAAUGAUGACAGUUCUAAGCCGCAACCAGAACUUCAAGAAGAAAAGGCUAAAGAUGCUUUUGGCAUAUUUUCGGAAAAUCUGCGCCACCCAAACAAAUGCAUCCGUCUUAUGACGCUGAGGAUUUUGUGCCAUUUUGAGACAUUUUCGUCCGACUCGUCUUUUGAAGAGCAUCCUCCCAAGAAGAAAAUGAAAACUGAGGAGACCAAAAAACCCCUUCAUAAAAGGAAUGUUCUUGAGUUAUUACGCUCAAUCCAAGAGAUUGUUCCCACAGUGAAUACGGAGGGGGAGUUGAUCAGUAUGAUUCAUGAAAUAAAAAGGAAUCUCUCUGCUGGCUUGGUACAUGCGGCAUAUGUGCAGCUAGUAUUGAAUGGGCUGAUGGGAAUAUUUCAUAUUAGUUAUACUAAGCUGUGGGGUCCAGCAUCUGAGUGUCUUGAGGUUCUUCUGAGGAAUCACACAGUAGCUGUGUGGAGUGAUUUUGUUUGCUAUUUGGACCAGUGCCAGCUAAAAUCUGAGAAACUCGACAAUCAUAGUGAGAAUCCGAACCACAACUUGUCAGAGAGGCCUACCGAUCUGAUUGGCCGUUUUAAUUUAUUUCUCUAUCCGCCGUCUAAUAGCACAGCUACUGCAACGGUGGCUACGCAGUUGCUCCAGACCUUGCAGAAAGCUCCCAAAGUUGCUCAGUCCCGUGCUUCUGAGAUUCUCCCUCGGUUGCUGAAGUUUCUGGGAUACAACAUUGAAAAUCCUACGAGUGUCGGAUUGUUCAAUGCCCCAGUUUGUAAAGGAGAUGACUGGAGGAAUGUUCUUAAACAGUGGUUGACUUUGCUGAAAUUGAUGAAAAAUCCUAAGUCGUUUCAGUUUAGCGAAUUUCUAAACAACGUUCUGCAGAAUAGAUUCCUGGACGAUAAUGAUACUGAACUACAAACCAUUGUUCUAGAGUGCCUUCUGUUGUCGAACGACUUCUUACUCCCACACCGCGAGCAUUUGUUGAAACUGAUCAAACCAGAGGAAUUAAGAGAAGAACUCACAACCUCGAACAUGUCCGUAGACAUUGAAGAAGCUCACAGAUCUCUUCUUUUCUCUCUUGAAAUUCGAAUCCUUGCGCCAAAAGUCAGGACAUUAAAGAAUUUGGCUUCACGGAAGCAUACAAGUAUAAAUCAUAGGAAGGCAGUUCUUCGCUUUAUAGCUGAGCGGGAUGUUAACGACCUUGCCCUCUUCUUUGUAUUGUUGAUAAAGCCUUUGAACAUCAUAUCAGAGGAAACAAUGGACUUGUUCUGGAGUUCAGGCAAAAGUUCGCUGGAUUAUUUCCAAAAGGCGGAUUUCUUAAAGGAUUUCACUGGUGAUACUAUUUCUACAUUAUCCAAGAAUCAGAAAUCUGGGUUUCUUCAUGUCAUCCAAGACAUCCUUGAAGUCUUUGAUGAGCUCCGUGUCCGACCUUUUAUAGACUUUUUGAUGGGAUGUGUUGUCCGGCUAAUGGUAAACUAUGAAGAAAGAAACACUGAAUCAUUGACACCAAGAAAUGACACUGCCGCCUCAUCAACACCAGACAAUAAACAGAAUGUUUCAGUUCAUCAAGACCAGGCUGGCACUGCUUUGAAGCAGUUUAAAGAGUUGAGAUCCUUGUGUCUGAAAAUUAUUGCUCAUGUUCUUGAUAAAUACGAGGAUUCUGAUCUUGGUUCCGAGUUCUGGAACCUCUUCUUUUCGGCAGUAAAUCCGUUAAUCAAGAAUUUCAAGCAGGAGGGUUCUAGUAGUGAGAAAACAAGUUCCUUGUUCUCAUGCUUCUUGUCAAUGAGCAGAAACCGCAAUCUCGUGACCCUCUUAUGUCGGGAAGAGUCUCUUAUUCCAGACAUUUGUUCGAUUCUGACAGUCACCACAGCUUCAGACGCUAUAAAGUCGUCUGCACUGAAGUUCAUAGAGAAUCUGCUUUGUCUUGACAGUGAGUUGCAUGAGGAUGACAGUAUGAUCAAAGGCUUCUUAGAUCCGUACGUAGAAACACUGUUCAGCAGCUUGCAUUCUCUUUUCAUCGGGGAUAUUAACAAAAGGAAAUCAGUCAAGUAUCAUGGGGAAAGAGAGGUUAGGAUUCUUAAAUUGUUGUCAAAGCACAUGGGAGAUCAGUCUUGUGCUAUGAAGUAUUUGGAAGUCUUACUUUCUUUCUUGGAUAAAAACGUGAAAGAUUCUGAUAUCCGUCGUGAAGCUUUACUAGCUAUUCAGGACAUCAUAUCGUUGCUUGGGACUGAGAGUGUCACCAAAAUUAUAAACAAAGUCUCUCCUCUACUUGUUGACGCUGAAGUUGACGUUAGAUUGUGCAUUUGUGAUCUUCUUGAAUCUCUUGCAAAAAUCGACUUUUCUCUGGAUGAUGUGGCAAAGCGCAUCCGAGAUAUGAAUUCCAUCUCAGCCAUGGAAGUUGAUGACCUUGACUAUGAAAGGAUAGUUAAUGCUUAUGUGGAGAUUGACUCGGAUUUCUUUGCUAAAUCCUCGAAGCAGCACACGAUGAUUAUACUGUCACAAAGUUUAUACAACUUAUCAUCGGAAUCCAUUAUGAUAAGGGGAAGCGCACAUAAGCUCUUGUCAUCUUUCAUUGAAUUUUCGGCCUCAAUACUAUGCCAAGAAGCUUCAGCUCACUCUGGCGUUGGCAAAGAGGUCAAAAUAGCUGAUGCAAGCUGGACAGGAAAGCAUACACUGUCCAUUGUUGAUUUUAUCUUGAAACACAUUGCUGAUGCAAUAAACAGAGGAGGCAAUAUAGUGAAGGAGUGGAUUCUUUUGAUACGUGAAAUGGUGACAAAACUCCCAGAUGCUGGAAAUCUUGGUGCAUUUAGACCUUUAUGCUCUGAAGAUGAGAAUCUUGAUUUUUUUAAAUCUAUUAUUCACAUUCAGUCACACCGUAGAUCAAAGGCGAUUUCACGCUUCGCAAAACUGGUCGGAGAUAGCAGCCUGCCUGAGGGAGUCUUGAGAAAACUGUUUGUCGCAGUCUUUUUCCACAUGUUGCUCGAUGGACAAGAUGUAAACGAAAAAGAGAACAAUGUCCGUAAUGCAUGCACAGAGGCCCUUGCAUCUGUAUCUGCACAUAUGAGUUGGAAGUCGUACUAUGCUCUAUUGAAUCGGUGUUUCCGUGAGAUGCACAAUCAUACCAAAAAGGGAAAGCUUCUGCUGCGGCUUAUCUGCUUGAUUUUGGAUAAAUUUCAUUUUACAGAAGAUGGUGGUUACAGGCAAGAGGAGAUUGAGGGGAUUCAUAAAAGCCUUCAAACUGUGUUUGGAAAGAUGCAGAAGCUGAUGGAUUCUGAGUCUGAUAAUGUUAAUGUUAACAGCAGUGUAGCUGCGCUGAAGGUUCUAAAGCUGCUCCCCAAAGACGUAAUGGACGAUUAUCUGUCCCCUAUAAUUAAGAGGAUUGCCACUUUUACGAAGAACCGGUUGGAGAGCACACGUGAUGAAGCCAGAUCUGCUCUGGUUGCUUGUUUGAAGGAAUUGGGGCUCGAGUACUUGCAGGUUGUCAUCAAAAGUUUACGUGAUAUCCUGAAACGAGGAUCUGAGUUGCAUGUGCUGGGAUACACCGUCCAUUCUAUCUUAUCGAAGUGCUUGUCCAAACCUACGUGUGGGAAGUUGGAUCAUUGUUUGGAUGAUCUCCUUGCUGUGGUGGAAAACGACAUCUUUGGCGAGGUUGCUGAACAGAAAGAUGUGGACAAAUUCAAAUCCAAAAUGAAAGAGACAAGAAAACGCAUGUCAUUCGAGAGUCUGAAGUUGAUUUGUGAAAAUGUGACGUUCAGAGAGCAUGCAUUGAAACUACUUUCCCCGGUCACUUCUCAGCUGAGGCGGCAUCUAACUCCAAAGAUAAAAUCAAAUCUGGAGAAAAUGUUACAACAAAUUGCAGUUGGUAUUGAAGGCAAUCCAUCUGUUGACCAAGUAGAUCUGUUUGUUUUUAUAUAUGGCCGCGUUGAUGACGGUAUUAACAACAGGAAUGGUCCUGGAGAUCAAGGGUCUUCUCCGCCAUCCCAAAAGAAAGGGAAAUCAAGAGAUCGACAAGAGACUGGUGGGUUGAUUUCUGGUACUAGGUCUUGUCCACAUCUUAUAACUGUGUUUGCUCUGGACUUGCUGCAAAACCGACUGAAGAAAAUUAAACUCGACAACACUGAUAAACAGCUGCUGGGGAAGUUGGAUUCGUUUGUCAAACUACUUACCGAAUGCUUGCGUUCUAAGUAUGAAGAGAUUGUGUCAUCAGCCCUUAGAUGUUUCACUUCAUUAAUAUGGUUUCCACUGCCUUCCCUCAUCUCUGAAGCAGAUGAGUUGAAAACAGCAUUGUUAACAAUAGCUCAGUCUGCAGUGAAUUCCAGCAGUCCUGUUGUGCAGUCAUGCCUUAAGCUAUUAACAACGCUUCUCGGUAAUAAAAACAUUACUUUGUCUCCGGAGCAGCUAAAGUUGGUGAUUCAGUUCCCCAUGUUUGUUGAUCUGGAGUCCGAUCCAUCCUUUGUUAACCUUUCACUACUCAAGGCCAUUGUGAAACGAAACCUUGUGGUUCCAGAGAUUUAUGACGUUGCAGUUCAGGUUUCAGAGUUGUUGGUAAAAAGUCAGCAGGAAUCAAUCCGCAAGAAAUGCAAACAGAUACUGUUACAGUUUUUGGUCCACUACACACUUUCUGAGAAACGUUUACAGCAACAUGUGGAAUUUCUGCUGCAAAAUCUGAAGUAUGAACAUCCAACUGGAAGAGAAGCAGUCCUUGACAUGCUUCAUACUCUAAUCUUGAAAUUCUCAGUACCAAAUCUCGGCAAGAAGUCAUUUCUUGACCAACAGUCGAAAACAAUGUUCAUUCAGCUUGCUAUGUGUUUGGGCAAUGAUAUUGAUCAAAAAGUCCUGCCCCGGAUCGGUUCUGUGAUAGAACUUCUGAUAGGGUGCAUCAGUGAAGAUCAAGUUGGUACCAUUCUAUCGUAUUGUCUGUGUUGGUAUAAGCAGCAAAGGUUACAGGCUGUGGCAGCACAGGUGUUGGGAUUUAUUAUUGACUCCAUGGAGAAAUCAUUUCGGAAGCAUAUCCACAAUACAUUGGAGGAUGCCAAAGUGAUAAUGAAGUCUGCUGUCAGUGCUUCCAGCCUGCAUAAUGCCGAGGAAGGUGUUAUUCCGUUCUGGAAGGAAGCAUACUACUCACUCGUUAUGAUAGAGAAGAUGGUCCGGCAAUUUCCUGAUUUAAAACUCAAAGAAGAUUUAGAGGAUAUAUGGAAAAUGGUAUUUAAGUUCUUGUUGUACCCACACGCAUGGUUGCGAAGUAUAUCACGCCGGCUACUGAAUUAUUAUUUCAAGGCAUUGGCUAGGAGGAAAAGAGCAGAAUCUCAGACAGUAGUAUCUGAUUCUCUUCUUGAGAACCCAAGUAGCCUGUUCUCGGUUGCUGUUUCUCUUUGCUCCCAGUUAAAGGAGCUACCCACCACAGGAGAUGUUAACGUCGAUCUCCUCGUAGAAAAUAUUGUUUUCGCGGUCUCGAGUCUUCAUUCCCUGAUUGGACAUUCUGUUCAAGCAAAAGACAAUGGGUUCUGGUCCGGUCUUGGCGAGGAUGAGCAAGUGGUGUUCCUAAAAGCCUUUGAAGUGCUUGAUUCAGGGAAAGGAAGGUCUACUUUUCUGUCUCUUACCUCAGGCAAACGUACUGAGAACGGCGAGGAGGAUGAUGCUGCGAGUGGUGUAAGGAAUGUAUUGAUUGGAAGCUUGCUCAAGAGGCUCGGGAAGGUUGCUCUUGAUACGGAGUCUGUUCAGAUGAAGAUUGUGUUCAACGUCUACAAAGCAUUCACCUCACAGAUGAAUCAAGAUGACUGUCGUUUAUAUGCCUUCAAAAUUCUGCUUCCAUUGUACAAAGUCUGUGAAGGUUUCACAGGAAAGAUCAUCUCAGAUGAGUCUAAACAACUAGCAGAGGAGGUACGUGACAGUAUAAGAGACAAGACAUUAGGCAACCAACUCUUUGUGGAGGUGUACAGUGAGAUAAGGAAAAGCUUGAGAAACAAGAGGGAGAAGAGAAAGAGAGAAGAAAAGACAAUGGCAGUGGUGAAUCCAGAGAGAAAUGCAAAGAGGAAACUGAGGUUAGCUUCAAAGAACAAAGCCAACAAGAGGAGGAGGAUGACUAGCAUGAAGUUAUCUAGAUGGGCUCGCUCUUGAUGAGAGUCCACUCUUCAGUUUAGAGUAACUCUAGUGAAAUUUUCAAGUAUUCAUGAUCCAUUUAUUUCAGAUAAAAGACUUAAAAACACUUUUCAUGAUUGUGUAAGAUUAUGUCUCUCCUCCAAACAAUUUGAUAUCCAAUUUUGAAUUUAUAGCUUUCAUA